AUGACACAGAAUGCCGUCCAGAGCGCGACAGAUCCGGUUAACACUAUGGUAUACACAAACAUGCCCCUCGACAAAGGCAAGCCAGAAUCCUGGCUCUCAACUGUGAGUGCCGUAUUACUCAAUAACGGGGCACGUAUAGACAAUACGAAAUAUGAGAUUUUAUCAUAUGAUGAUUUCCACAAUAUCAGGACCAACAGUGUCGAGGACCUUCAAAAAUUACAAUCAUCUUGGCGAAAUCUCGAUCUUAGACGCAAAGAGCUAGCUACCGUAGGAAAUGGCGUAGAUGGUGGCAGCAAAGUCUCAGGUUCGGAGCUGCUUGCGUGCGAGAAACAGUACACUGGUCUUAUCUUGAAGCAUUCCAGACUUGAACAGCAGUGGUCGAAGAGGCAAGAGGAGCUUCUCAAGCACUAUAUUGCAAUUUUCCAAUAUUUACAUCUUCUUAUCAAGGAGGAUUCCUCAUUCAUCAAGCCUCUAUCUCCAGAUGAUGAACAGGAUCAAAUAGGCAAACUUGAACGUCUCUCCAGAAUAUUGGAGCCAUUGAAAUUGAAACUUCAAAUAGAGCAAUCGAAACUCAAAAGCACUAGGGAGUGCGGCCACAACCCAAGCCAUGAGAUCACUAAGCUCGAACGACUCUGUAAUGAUCUUACAUUAGAGAGAUAUAAUGUAGAGCGGCGCAUAUUGCUUCUCGGACAAGAAAUGCUCAAACACCGAGUUGCCGGUUUUCUUGUACAGCUCAUGGACACUACUUUGGCCCCUGAAAGUACGCUCAUUAAUAACGGUCGAGGAGACUCCCAGGCCUUUGGUCGGAGCAGCCCACAUAUCUCCGAGAUCGAUAGGUCGGGUAGUUGUCCGCCAAGCGUGUCAGAGUUAACUUCUUCCCGAGAAAACCCAACAGCAAAGUUGCCCCCCUACGACGAAAACACCAGCAAGCCGAAGAACAACCAGAACAACCUGAGAAUUGCCGAAGAAUCACAACGAUAUAAUGUUUCGAGAGCUGGCGGCAAUAUCAUGGGAGAACAUUCAGGAUUCAUAAACGCGCAACAAACUGCUAUCCUACCAACAGUAGGUGGCGAUAGUACGUUGAGAAACGAGCCUAAAGGCGCAGAAAAAACGGUAGAAAUAUUGGAUGUACGAACAUACAGGGAACAAACUGAUGAAGAAAUUGAAGAAAGUGAUGAAGAAAUGGAUGAAGAAGUUGGUGGGGGAAAUGGUGAAGAUGGGGGCGAGGACCUGAGUGACACUGAAUAUGACGAUGGAUUGAGUAGAACCUCGAGCCCGGAAUUAGGCAAGCUGGCAGAAUUGGAACGUCGACAACGGCUUAUGCGCCGUGUGGUAAAUUCGGAAGACGUGGAGUGGCAACUGACCCAAGAAAAUCGGGAGCUCCUUGAACGCUUACAGCAAGAGAAGGAAAGCGUCAACAAGCUUCAGACUGCGCUCGACCAAAAUGCUCAAAGAGGUUUCUCCGAGGACGACCCAAUGAAGGCUGCUAUUAUAAACCUCAUGGCCCAAGCGGUCAUAGUGAGGGGUGUAGUCGAUGCAACCUCUGGUCUUCCUAAAGAUUUGGAAGAGAGCGUUGCACUGCUAGGAGACACAACAAGGAGUUUAGCGAAAAUAGUGAAAAUAGAAGGUGCUGGAGGCAGAUGA